UGCUCGCCCCGUGCUUUACGGCUGUCGUACAACGAGGCCCGCCGAAGCCGGGCGGCACGCCGGCCGCCAGGACCAUAGAGAGAGGAGCGGAAGAUUGUAGAAAGGGAGCUCAGCUUCCGGCGUGAGGGUCACGUGCAAGCGAGAUGGCGGCGGCCAAGAGGAAGCGUGGAGGUGCUGCGACCCGGCCGAGGAAACGAGCUAGAGGGGCUCCGAAUGGGACCGGGCCGCCGGCCAAGCCAAGCCCGCAGGGAGCGGAGAGGGAGGAGCACAGCAUCCCGGCUCCUAUCUCUAAGGGUAAAUGGAAAAACAAAGAGCGGGUGCUUAUUUUCUCUUCUAGAGGAAUAAACUUCAGAACGAGACAUCUAAUGCAAGACUUGCGAACGUUGAUGCCCCACUCUAAAGCAGACACUAAAAUGGACCGUAAAGAUAAGCUGUUUGUAAUUAAUGAGAUUUGUGAAAUAAAAAACUGCAAUAAGUGCAUAUUUUUUGAAGCCAAAAAGAAACAGGAUCUCUACAUGUGGCUUUCAAAUUCACCUCAGGGACCAUCAGCCAAAUUUUUAGUACAGAAUAUUCAUACCCUAGCAGAGCUGAAGAUGACUGGAAACUGCCUGAGGGGCUCACGGCCUCUUCUGUCCUUUGAUACGGUGUUUGAUCAAGAGCCACACUAUGCUCUGUUAAAAGAGUUGUUUAUUCAGAUUUUUAGUACACCACAGUAUCACCCCAAAAGCCAGCCUUUUGUAGAUCAUGUAUUCACGUUCUCCAUCACAGACAACAGAAUCUGGUUUCGAAACUAUCAGAUCAUUGAAGAAGAUGCAGCUCUUGUAGAAAUUGGACCUCGUUUUGUUUUAAAUCUCAUAAAGAUUUUCCAGGGCAGCUUUGGAGGACCAACUCUAUAUGAGAAUCCACAUUACCAGUCCCCAAACAUGCAUCGGCGGAUGACAAGAUUGGCUGUAGCUGCUAAAUUCAGAGAAAAACAGCAAGUGAAGGACCUGCAGAAACUUAGGAAAAAAGAAGAAAAGACAAUUAUUCCAGAAGAUCCUACUGAAACUGUCUUUGAAACUCCAGCAGAGGAAAAACCAUUGGAAAUAGAGUUGGUGAAACCACAGCUAAAAGUCAAUUUGAAAAAGAAAAAGAAAUUAUUUCAACGACAAAGGAAGAGGCAAAAAAAACUUUCCGGGGUGGGAGUGUAAAAUGGAAAAAAUUUAAGCAAACUUCAAAAAGUCAUCUGUUAGUCUUGUAUACUUACAUUUUUAGCUAUAUUUCAGAGCUAUCUUGCAUAGGCUCUUAUCUCAUUUUUUAAAGUCAGCAGCUGCUUGCCACCAACUUUGAGUAAAUGAAAAAUCAGAUAUGGAUUUCUUCUGCUCUAGGACUCAUCUUAUCUCAGACUGUGUGUUUUAAAUAAAAUUUGUUGGUAUUUUU